AUGUGCCAGCAGCAGAAGCCUUUGCAACAGCGGCUCUUCCGGCCUGGGGUAUCCCUCCAAACUCAGACCUGGACGUGCUUGUCGAUUGCCUCCAGAUUGUAUCGGAAUCUUAGAUGCGAAGUGAUCAAAUGCCUUGGUGGCAAGUGGAUGGAACAGGCCUCACUUCUGGAGGUGGAGAUCGUUUGCGCCUCUGCCAUCAGAGGCGAUCAAGCUUCGCAGGUGAAGAUGGACCCUGCAAAAAGAGGUUCCAUCCACUCCACCGGGGCCUCGGGCGGCCUCGGGCGGCCUCCGGCCUCUGGGGGCCGCUUAUGA